UGCCUUUCCUCUUCUGGCCGCAAAGAACAGAGAGAGGGGGAGGGAGGAGGGAAGGACAGAGAGAGAUCGAUCUCGGAGGGUCGCUGCUUGUUUCCCGAGAAAACGGAGUAAGAAAGAAAUUUCUUUGCCGCGGGAUUCUCUCAGAUUUUGGUUGGGUCUUUACCAGAAGAAGAAAUCUGAAGAAUUUGAAAUGGGGGCAGAGAACGCCUCGAACUCGAGCUCCGAGCCCCGUGGUGGGGACACUGAAUUCCAGACUCAAGUUGUGUUGAAUGUCUACGACCUCACGCCCGCCAACAAUUACACCUCUUGGAUCGGAUUCGGGAUCUUUCAUUCCGGUAUUGAAGUCCAUGGUAUGGAAUAUGGAUUUGGAGCGCACGACUUCCCCAUUAGUGGAGUAUUUGAAGUGGAGCCUAAAAAUUGCCCAGGUUUUAUUUUCAGAUGUUCCAUCCCACUGGGUCUUGUAAAUAUGCCUCCCGCUGAAUUUCGGGCAUUUCUUGAGCGUAUGGCUUCUGAUUAUCAUGGGAACACGUACCACCUCAUCUCCAAGAAUUGCAACCAUUUUACAGAUGACAUUGCGUGGAGACUUACUGGCAAACAUAUCCCUGGUUGGGUGAAUCGGCUUGCCCGGCUGGGUGCUCUAUGCAGCUGUCUGCUCCCUGAAAGUCUUCAAGUCACUACUGUUAAACAGUUGCCGGAGUACCAUGCACACCCAGACGAUGACGGGGUUGAGUGUUUGUCGGUCACCACGCACGAGCAGACAGAAAGUGACGAUGAUCAAGAUAAGCUCUUGGCGUCACUGUCAACCUGUGGCUCAGAUGUUGCUUUCAUUAAGGAGGUCCAAAGGUGAAGUUAAUCAAGCUUAAGCUCAAGCUCGUAUGAAAGACGGGGAAGGUGGAAGAGAGGAUUCUUUGUUUACUGUUCCAUGUUUUCGCAUCUUAGGCAGCUUUAGAAUUAUUUGCUUCAACAUUUUCGUAGGAAAAUUCCCAGCCACCGUCCCUCGUCGCCUGUAUGUGUGGUUGUUUGCUUGAUUUCCUGUAAUUCCCUCUCUUUCUUUUUCCAAAUUUUUGCUCUUCCUUUCAUUAAGUUCCUGAACCUGGAUAUAGAAGGAAGUGGAUUGUAUUGUAAUCCAUUUGUACAAAAUCUUUGUAUUGGUCUCUGAGCAAUUGGUACUGACAUCCCCCAUUAGUUGAAUCUUGCAAAAUCCUAAGCUCCAAAAAUGUAUAAGCUUUUCCUCUAAA